AUGCAUGUUGCUUUGUUAGACCCCGUUGAAAAACCUCCUGGUCGAAGAUUCCUUGAAACUGGUUUCUGUCCAUUUGGACUUGGCCGCAGAUACUUUCAUGUGAUAUCGCCUCAGUCGACGUGUCAACCAUUGAUCCUCAUUAAUCAGUUCAACAAGCAACUGAAUGAAUUAAGUAGACCACCACCUUCACCUCCCGUAAAGGAUCUUCCACCAUCACUUAGACUGCCUCCGCCGCCAGGUGGCUUGACUAUAGUAAUGUGGCAGAAUGGGGAUAGUUAA